AUGGAUAUGAUUUGUUCUAGUUUGAAACGUAAUAUUCAUCAAUUUAUAACUGAUUACACAUCAUGUAGUAUUCUUUCUACCAGUUCAAUUGCGAAUUUUGACCAACUUGAUCAGUCAUUUAUGUAUUCAAAAUUACUGAACGAAAUCAUUUUUGAUAUUGAAUACAAUGAAAAGGCUAAAAUUGAAUUCGUCAAUGUUUGUCGUGAACAAUUUUCUAAUAAUGAUAUUCGAUUGAAAAUAAUUAAUGACUUUGAGAGUAACUAUGAUUGUCAUUCGUCUAUUUGGUGGUAUACAAAAGAACCAAUUAUCUAUACAAUACUCAAUCAAGCUUUGAGAAAGCAAGACAUCGAAAUGAUUAUCAAAAUGGAUUCCUUCGUUCAAGAUCUUCAUCGACAAAUAGAACAAAUCUAUUUCCAAACACAGCAAACAGAGAAAAUGAUCAUUUAUCGAAGACAAGGAAUGUCAAAUGUUGAAUUUGAAAAGCUCAAGAAGAGUGAAGGAGGUCUUCUCUCAUUUAACAAUUUCUUGUCGACAAGUAUUGAUCGAGAGAUCUCAUUUGCAUUUGGCAAUAGUGCUCGAGACGAUUCUGAUUUGACGGGAAUCUUAUUUCGCAUGAAAAUUUAUCCAUCUUUUUCAUCAGUUCCAUUUACUGCAUUAGACGACAUUAGUUUUUACUCAAAUUUUGAUCAAGAAAUUCUUUUCUCAAUGCAUACCAUCUUUCGAAUCGGUUCGAUGAGAGAAAUAGAAAAUCGAUUAUGGCAAAUUGAUUUGACGUUAACUAGUAAUAAUGAUCAGCAAUUAAAAAAUGUGACUGAAUUUAUACGAAAUGAGAUUAAUGAUGGUAAUCGAUGGAUGCUUCUGGCUGGACUGAUGAUUAAUAUGGGUAAAUUCGAUAAGGCCUUAGAAAUCUACAAUACAUUACUAGAGACAAUACUCAAUGGUACUGAAAAAUAA